CAGAGCCGGCUGUGACACUGGUGCGGUCACUGAGUGACACACACUGCUGCUGCUGCUGCUGCACAAAGAGCCCCAAGCACUGGCUACUGCACAGUAGCGAGGGCACCACUCACUAACACUGCUCAAGGAACAGAGCUGGAAUUAAGCCUUGUCUUGGAAUUAACCCCGGAGCUCUCAGGUCAUUCAGCAUGAAGCGUGAAACACAGAAGUGGCUGAAAGUGUCCGUCUUGCUAUUCAUAGCUCAAACAGUUGCUGGAAUGAUAAUUCCUAAUGCCACCCAAUUAGAGGGACUCCUGGAAAAGUACAUGGAUGAAGAUGGUGAGUGGUGGGUUGCUAAACACAGAGGAAAAAGAGCAAUUACGGAAAGUGAUAUGAAACUUAUUCUGGAUCUGCAUAACAAACUGCGAGGAGAAGUGUAUCCUCCUGCCUCAAACAUGGAGUAUAUGAUAUGGGAUGUGGAACUUGAAAGAUCUGCAGAAGCUUGGGCUGAAAUGUGUCUUUGGGAACAUGGCCCUGCCAACUUGCUUCCAUCCAUUGGUCAGAACUUAGGUGCUCACUGGGGAAGGUUUAGACCACCAACUUACCACGUCCAGGCUUGGUAUGAUGAAGUCAGAGACUACACUUUCCCGUACCCACAAGAAUGCAAUCCAUAUUGUCCAUUCAGAUGUUCAGGCCCUGUUUGUACCCACUAUACACAGGUGGUCUGGGCAACAAGUAGCAGAAUUGGUUGUGCAAUAAACUUGUGCCAUAAUAUGAACAUAUGGGGGCAGAUCUGGCCAAAAGCAGUGUACCUAGUAUGCAAUUACUCACCAAAGGGUAAUUGGUGGGGUUAUGCUCCCUACAAGACUGGCCGUUCCUGCUCUGCUUGCCCACCCAGCUAUGGAGGAGGGUGCAGGGAAAAUCUUUGUUUCAAAGAAAAUUCAGUAUUGCAUUAUCCAGUUCCUGAACCUGAAGAAGAGACAAAUGAAAUUGAGAGACAACGAACAAAACCAUUGGAUACAACUUCACAAAGCCGACCUCGAACACAUUCACCAACAUCUUCUACCAGGACUGUUGGAUAUGAUAACAAUGAAGUUGUCAGUACUGAACAAAUGUCGCAAUUUGUGUCUUGUGAAGUGCGAUUAAGAGACCAGUGUAAAGGAACAACAUGCAACAGAUAUGAAUGUUCAGCUGGUUGCUUGGAGAACAGUGCCAAAGUUAUUGGAAGUGUUCAUUACGAAAUGCAAUCAAGUAUUUGCAGAGCAGCUAUACAUUCUGGUGUAAUAGACAAUGAAGGAGGAUGGGUUGAUGUCACUAGACAAGGAAGAAAAAACUAUUUUAUUAAAUCAUACAGAAAUGGUGUCCAGUCAAUUGGAAAAUAUCAGUCGGCAAAUUCAUUCACAGUCUCCAAAGUAACUUUUCAGGCAGUAACAUGUGAAACAACUGUGGAACAGCUAUGUCCUUUCCAGCCCCCAGCUACACAUUGCCCCAGGGUCUAUUGUCCACGUAACUGUGCACAAGCAAGUACACAUUAUGCUCGAGUAUUUGGAACUGGUAUUUACUCUGACAUUUCCAGCAUCUGCAAAGCAGCAAUUCAUGCAGGAGUAGUGCAAAAUCAACAAGGAGGCUAUGUGGAUAUUAUGCCAAUAGACAAAAAAAAACAUUAUUUUUCAUCGGUCCAAAAUGGGAUAACAUCUGAAAGUUUACAUAAUCCAAUGGGAAGCAAGGCAUUUAGGAUAUAUGCAGUAAUCUGAACACAUGUAAAUCAUGACCACGUGAAACAUGACAAAUUGAGUGUGCAACUGAACAUCUGUAUAAAAUAUGUUGUUGUUAUUGUACAGAAAAUUAUAUAUUUACCAUGAAUUGACCUAAAAUAUCUGUGGCUCUUUGAAAUAAUUCUGUAGUUUUCCACUAGCUUUUCUUUAUGUUGUCAUGCAUACGUUUCAUCCCAUCUAAACUGAUAUUUUUACCCACUGUAUCAAACCAAUUGCAUCAAAUUAAGUAUUGCAAUUUACUAUUAAUAUCCCACAAAUAUGAUUGUCUAUCAUCUAUCUAUCUAUCUAUCUAUCUAUCUAUCUAUCUAUCUAUCUAUCUAUCUAUCUAUCUAUCGACAUAUUUGUCAACUUGUUAAAUUGCAAAUUUUAACACUGUUGGGUUUCUUAAACAGGCGUAACAGUAAAAGCAAAAGCACCAAUAUAUCAAAUAUAAAUAUAUAUAAAUAUAUAUAUAAAUAUUUAUAUAUAUAUAUAUAUAUAUAUAAAAUAUAUAUAUUUUUCAUCUUCAUAGUUUGCUCUGUUUUUCUAAUCAGAUAGCGAAGGAAGCACCUUUACCUCAGAUUUGUUUUUAGCAAAAAACAUUUUAAAAAUACAAUACAAUACAACACUUAUUCAAUCAAAUCAGGCUAAUUAGAGUGCUAAUGCAUUUUAAAACAAAUUUGCAUGUAAAACAGACUAUCUUUAUCUGCAAUAAAAGACUGGGCAGAUUACAAGUGGCGAGCUAAAAUUUGCAUGUCGGGUUUCGCUUGCACACAAAAGUUUUGCUUUCAACUUGUAAUACGCACGCUAACCCGCGUGGGCAAAAUCUUUACUUCUAGUGGUGUUAUCACUCGAGCGAAAAUGCUAAAUAGUGUGCCACUUGUAAUCUGGCAUGUCGGUCAGAUGCUACAUCAAGUGAAAACAUUUUUAGCAGUUUUUAACAAACUCCUUAACGGUUAACAAUUUUGGUAAGGAAUUAUUUUGUUGUGAACAUUUCUACCAGUAACAAAACCUACACACAGUAUUUGUUUUAAAGGGACAGUCUACACCUUAGUAUUCAUAAGUCUUACUUUCUUAUUAUUAUCAGGUAUUUGUAGAGCGCCAACUGAUUCCGCAGCACUAUAAACAUAAGCAGUAUACAAGGUAACAUUUCUAGGGAUCAAAUGGGUAGAGGGCCCUGCCGAGAGUUGCACUGUUGUAGUCAGCUCUUAUGAGGGUGAUCUACAAACAGCUUCAGAUUAAGCUUAAAAUAUCCUCUUGCACCCUUUCUAGAUCAUGCAGCAGUAACAGUAAAAAAGUUAUUUUACUAUGGCUAUUGUUUCUGAUCACUUUGAAAUGACUGCUAUGCACUCCGCUGAAUAGCAUUGAUAGCAUUGACAGCCUGCUGUAUCCAAUCUAAAAAGUGAAGCCUUUAAUGCAGCCCAGAUCAUGAUGUCCCUUUAAUUGAACAAUUUGAGUAAUAUUAUAGAUUCAGUAUUUCCAUGUUCUCUAGCAACCUUGUUUUAACUCUUUAGUAAUAUUAAGCAAAAAUACAUUUAUAGAUUUAUGGAUACACAAUCAGAUUUAAAACAAAAUAUUUCCAAUGUUUUUCACAUAGAAAAUAGAAGAAACUCAAAUUGUGAACUGAAUAAAUACAUUUCAUGAAAAUUCUGAAAACAUUUUGCAUGCAGUAUAUCCAAAUUAAAAUACUGAUCAAAUGCUUUCUUUGAAGCUAUGCCCUCCUUUGCACUGUAAAAUAACCUAAAGAUUUCAGGUCGAAAUAAAUAAUAGCUGUUAUAAUUUUCACCUAUAUUUUCUGCUGCAUAACACUAUGUAGACUUAUAGAUCCAUAUAAUUCAUUUUACACAUUCCCUAUCUUCAAUGUAUUAGCUGCUAUAUUAAAGGGACAGUCUACACCAAAAUUGUUAUUCUUUAAAAAGAUAGGUAACGCCUUUACUACCCAUUCCCCACCAACAUUGUUAGAUUAAUAUACUUUAUAACAUUUAAACCUCUAAAUGUCUGUCUGUUUCUAAGCCACUACAGACAGCCUCUUAUCACAGGCUUUUUUAUUAGCUUUUAACAAAAGACUGCUACUUCAUGUGGGCCAUAUAGAUAACAUUGUGCUCUCUCCCAUGGAAUUGUGCAUUACACUGCACUAAUUGGCUAAUAGAUAAUAAAUAAAUAGUCAUGUGAUAAGGGUGCAGUCUGCAGAGGCUUAGAUACAAGGUAAUCACAGAUGUAAAAAGUAUAUUAAUAUAACAGUAUUGGUUAUGCAAAACUGGGGAAUGGGUUAUAAAAUGGUUAUCUAUCUUUUUAAACAAUACCAUUUUUGGAGUUGACUGUUGCUUUAAGUAAGGUUAUGCCUUCUAUAUAAAUUUAAAAGUAGAAACUGUUACUUUGUUAUAUAACCCCCAGAGCAUGGUCUUAGACCCUAUUAAUACUUUGCUGAAGCAAAUUGUGUUAUUUUUUACAUGUUAAUGUUACUUAAAACAGUUUUAGGAAAAAAAAUGCCUUAAGUAUUUGUGUUGCUUAUAAUUGAGCAUUUAAUGCUGCUAAGUCCCUUUAAAGGUCACAAAAUGAAAAUUGUUACACAUGCUGUUAGUUGAAUUUUGACGUUUAGAUUUUAGUUAUGUAAAUAGUAUUUGUAUAGUGGUAGAGAGACAGAUAAGGUAUUCAGAUUGUUGUUUUUAUGGCAUUUAAAAAAAAAAAAAAAGCUAAUAAAAAUUAGUAACCUUUUUUUAUAACCUGGCAAAUAUUCCUGCAGGCCAGGAAAUGUACAGCAUAGUGGUGUAUAGUGUGAUUGAUAUUCAUGUUUCGGUUUAUUGCCCUGCUAUUUUCCAUUGGAAAAUGGCUAUAUUAAUACAUUUUACCAUAAGAUGGUACAAAAUAGCAAUACAAUGCAUACAACCUAAGUUUCUGUGAAAGAAAAUCUAUUGUUGUGCCUAAAAAUAUAUCACAUUGUAUUGUUGACAUUGUAUUGAUUUCUUUGUUUCUGUAAAUUGUUUGAUAUUGUUUAAUUAAAAACAUUAGUUUGUCUUAAUAUUUGUUAGAAAUAUUCUUGUAAUUAGUUCUGCUUCCAUGUUUUUUUUUUAUUUGAAUAGUAUAAUAAAUAUGUUAUAAAAAAUUA